AUCAAUCAAUCAUCUCACAAAAAAUUGAAGUACACUCAAUAAAUGGUGCCUGUGCUCAGCAUAAGUAAGCAUCAUCUCCUAAGAAGGCAAGAAUAAUGGCUGUGUGAAAAAUAGUGGAGAGUCCGUCAAAGCUGCAACUUGAUUGGCCAAGAAAUGGAAGAAGUGAGGCGACAGACCACGUCGGAUUAUUCGACGAAAGCAGUGACGUGGUUUAAAUCAUUGUCUUAUUUAUAUAUGUCCUCCCAUCCCUAGAAUACAUCAAUCCAUUUUGAUUACCUCAACUGGGUCUGGGUGUAGUCUGAAGAAAACUAUGGCAAGCUCUCAGUGCCUCGACAACCCACCAAUCCUCAGCCCCACUUGUGGAGCUGGGACUGUCCAAGAACUUGGAGGCCUCAACACUUAUGUCACUGGCCCCUCUGAUUCUAAGCGCGCAAUUAUUCUCAUUUCUGAUGUUUUUGGCUAUGAAGCACCCCUCUUUAGGAAACUUGCAGACAAAGUUGCAGCAGCUGGAUUCUUAGUUGUGGCUCCUGAUUUCUUUUAUGGUGAUCCUGUUGAUCUGAGCAACCCACAAUUUGAUCGAGAUGCAUGGAGAAAAGUUCAUACCACGGACAAGGGAUUUGAAGACGCCAAACCAGUGAUUGCUGCUCUCAAAAGUAAAGGUGUGUCUGCCAUAGGGGCUGCAGGUUUUUGCUGGGGAGGCAAGGUGGCUGUGAAUUUGGCAAGUACUGAUGAUAUUCAGGCAGCUGUUCUUUUGCAUCCUAGUCGCAUCACUGUUGAUGAUAUCAAAGAGGUUAAGAUUCCUGUUGCUAUUUUGGGAGCUGAAAUUGAUCAUGCUACCCCACCAGAACAAGUGAAACAUUUUGCAGAGAUACUGUCAUCAAAAUCUGAGAUUGAUUCUUUUGUAAAAGUAUUCCCUGGUGUUUCACAUGGAUGGACAGUUAAGUUCAAAGUUGAAGAUGAAUCUGCUGUGAAGAGCGCAGAAGAGGCGCAUGAAGACAUGUUAAACUGGUUUACUAAGCAUGUCAAGUGACAGAAUCAGCCCUUGGUGGGAUAUUUGCACUAGGAGUCAAGUAACUGGCUCAGUAUUUUGACUAUCCUUGUAAUCUUCUUGAGUUAGUACAAUCUUUGCUGGAUA